AUGACUCGCACAGCGCUCUCUCUGCUCGUCCUUGUGCUCUUCUCCUGCAUCCAGGAGGGCAGAGCAGCUACACUCAUGAAGACAAUUCAAGAUCCGAAUGCGGUGUUUGUGCGAGAGGAGACAGCAGCCAGCUUCCUCCGUCCCCGCCGCUCGGUCAAGCUGCCGCGUGAAACCAUCGCGGAGCAGACGCAGAGCCUCUUGGCAGACAAGCGCCGCACGGAAUACCGCGAGGAGCAGAUCAAGGCACGGGAGAACUUUGCUGAGGAAGAGCGAUCUGAGACGUACGAGCAGACCCGGGAGGCGACCGAGUCGUGGAGAGAAUACCACUACGACGGACUCUACCCCUCCUACCGCUUAAACCGCCACAUUCCCUACUGA